AUGAGUGCCAUACUAAAGGCUGAGGAUUUGAACGACUUUAUUUCCCCCGGAGUUGCUUGCAUCAAGCCAGUGGAAAGUGUUCCUGCUCCUGCAAAUGGCGCACCAGAAUAUGGAGAAGUGGAGAUUCAAAUAGAUAACGAAGGGAACCCCUUAGAGAUAUCCAAAAUCGAUGGCAAGCAGCAGAAACUUUCGGCUGCUCAGAUCUCUUUGGCAGAUUGUUUAGCGUGUUCUGGAUGCAUUACUUCUGCUGAGGAGGUUUUGGUUGCACAGCAUUCAUUUGAUCAAUUGGUUAAUACUUUGGAUUCUCAGAAACAUUCAAAAGUAUUUGCGGCCAGUGUGUGUCAUCAGGCUCGGAGCUCUUUGGCUCAGGCUUUCCAAACAUCUGUGGAAAAUAUUGACUGUAUGUUGGUUGAUCUUUUUGUGAAUCAAAUGGGGUUCAAGUACGUGGUUGGUACUUCAUUGGGACGUAGGUUAUCAUUAGUUAAUGAGUUUGAACAUGUUUAUCAACGCAAGAAGGAUCAAAGUAGUGGCCCUAUAUUAUCCUCUGUGUGUCCAGGUUGGGUUCUUUAUGCUGAAAAGACCCAUCCAGAAGUUUUAGAUCGUUUAUCCACUGUUAAAUCACCUCAACAAUUCACAGGCUGUCUCUUGAAAUCCUUAGUUAAAGAUGUACCCAGAGAGAACAUUUACCAUGUAUCCAUCAUGCCUUGUUUCGAUAAAAAGUUGGAAAGUGCUCGGCCUGAGUUGAACGAACCAAAAGUAUCUGAUGUCGAUUGCGUACUUACCCCAAGAGAGUUGGUCAAUUUGGUUGAACAGAAUGAUCACUAUAAUUUCAACUUUAGCUCACCCUUAUUGAAGUUGUCAAUGUCAGAAUUAUAUAAGAAAGUAGCCCCUCCAAAUUGGCCGUUUUUAGAACAUUCUUGGUCAAAUGAUGAUGGCUCAACCUCUGGAGGUUGGGGGUUCAAUUAUUUGCUUCAAUAUCAACAGAAAUUGCUUGAAGAAGCACCUGAUAAAUAUCGAAAUUCUUCGAAGUUCAAUAUUAAAAGAAUCAACGGAAAGAACAACGACAUUUAUGAAUUGCGUUUGGAAUAUGAUACCAUUAAAGUGGCCAGCACUGCCGUGGUGAAUGGAUUCAGAAACAUUCAAAACUUGGUCAGAAAACUUAAAGCCCCAGAAAAGGCUGCUGCUAAACCAACCGGUAGAGCUGUGGUUGCUCGUCGAAGAAUGCGUACCAGUAGAUCUGCAACACCAAAUGGUAGUGAUGAAGCUGAAGAUGUGGAUGCAACUAAAUGUGAUUAUGUUGAAAUAAUGGCAUGCCCUAAUGGAUGCAUAAAUGGAGGUGGUCAAAUCUCUCAUGGUAAAGAUGUUUCAGAUAAAGAAUGGCUUGACCAAUGUGUGAUGAAAUAUAAAUCUAUUCAAUCUUUAGAUUUGAAUAAGGAUGUUGUUUCCAAUUUAAUGAAUUGGUGUAACAACUUUUAUGAGGAUUCAAAUAUAUCCUCGGACAGAUUAACAACCACUUACUUCAAAGAAGUAGAGAAGCCUCAGGAUCAAGCUUCUAUUCUCUUGGGUUCAAAAUGGUAA